UCUCCCUUCACCAAUCCUCCUACUUUUUAAAAAUACCAAACAGGACCCUGAUCUUUUACCUUUUCCUACAUGCAAUGGGUAGUCACGAAUCCGAUUCAAUAACAAUCGCCGGCGCACCACCAUCCUCGCCGCCCCACCACCACCACCACCACCACCGCGGCGGCGGCGGCAGAACGUCCACCUCAAAGCAACCCACGUUCCUCCACGGCGAGCUCGACGUAUGGAUCCACGAGGCCAAAUCCCUCCCCAACAUGGACCUCGCCUCCGAGCACCUCCGCCGCUGCUUCAACCUCCUCGGCUCCCCUUGCUCCAAAAACCACCGCCGCCGCCGCCGCGCCUCCUCCUCCUCCGCCCACCACUCCAUCAUCACCAGCGACCCUUACGUCUCCGUCUGCCUCGCCGGCGCCACCGUCGCACAAACCCGCGUCAUCCCCAACUGCGAGAACCCUCUUUGGGACGAGCACUUCCUCGUCCCCGUCGCCCACCCCGUCCUCAAAGUCGAGUUCCACGUGAAAGACAACGACGUCCUCGGCGCGCAGCUCAUCGGCGUCGUCGAGCUCCCCGUGGAGAAGAUCACGCCGGGGGAAAAAAUCGACGACUGGUUCCCCCUCGUGGGACACGCGGGGAACUGCUUGAAACCCUACCCGGAGCUCCGGGUCGCGAUCCGGUUCAAACCGGUCGGAUCGGGAACCGGACCGGGUUAUGGCGACGGCGGCGGGGUGGCCAACACGUAUUUCCCUCUGAGGAAGGGAGGGAUGGUGACGCUGUACCAGGACGCGCAUGUCCCCGACGGGAUGCUGCCGGAGAUUGUGUUGGACGGCGGGAAGGUGUACCGGCACGAGAAGUGCUGGGAGGACAUGUGUCACGCCAUGUUGGAGGCGCAUCACUUGAUAUACGUGGUGGGCUGGUCGAUAUAUCAUAAGGUGAAGCUGGUGAGGGAGCCGACGGCGGCGAGGGGGUUGCCCUCCGGCGGGGAGCUCACGUUGGGGGAGCUCCUGAAGUAUAAGUCGCAGGAAGGGGUUAGGGUUGUGAUGCUGAUUUGGGAUGACAAGACUUCUCAUGACAAGUUUUUCUUCAAAACGGACGGAGUUAUGCAGACGCAUGAUGAGGAGACUAAGAAGUUCUUUAAGCACUCGACUGUUCACUGCGUGCUUGCACCUCGUUACCCCAGCAAUAAGCUCAGGUACGUCUUUGGUGUAGUCCAGGUGGUCGGGACCCUGUUCACGCAUCAUCAGAAGUGUGUGAUACUGGACACACAAGCUUCUGGUAACAACAGGAAGAUCACUUCUUUCAUCGGCGGCUUGGACCUGUGUGAUGGAAGAUACGACACUCCUGACCACAGGUUGUUUCGCGAUCUCGACACGAUCUUCCUCAACGACUUCCACAAUCCUACUUUUCCAUCGAAUGCGAGGAGUCCAAGACAGCCGUGGCACGAUCUGCACUGCAAGAUCGAAGGUCCAGCUGCGCACGACAUACUAACGAAUUUCGAGCAGAGAUGGAGGAAAGCCCAGAAAUGGAGGGAUUUCAGGCUGAAAAAGGUCACUCAGGGGGAUGCAUUGUUGAAGCUGGAUCGUAUCUCUUGGAUUCUGAAUCCAUCCACUCAUGGGGAUAAGGAUGUCUACGUUUGUGACGAAUCCGAUCCUGAGCGUUGGCAUGUCCAGAUUUUCAGGUCUAUUGAUUCUGGAUCUGUCAGGGGAUUCCCGAAGGCAGUUGGAGAAGCAGCUGCUCAGAAUCUAGUGUGCGGGAAGAACUUGAAAGUGGAUAAAAGCAUUCAUACAGCAUACAUCAAAGCAAUCAGAUCUGCCCAGCACUUCAUCUACAUAGAGAACCAAUACUUUCUUGGAUCUUCAUUCUGCUGGCCCUCUUACAAAAAUGCAGGUGCUGAUAACCUAGUACCAAUGGAGAUAGCACUGAAGAUAGCAAGCAAGAUCAAUGCCAACGAGCGCUUCUCGGCUUAUGUGGUCAUACCCAUGUGGCCAGAGGGUUCUCCUACCAGUGCUGCAGUUCAAGAAAUCUUGUUUUGGCAGGGGCAAACAAUGCAGAUGAUGUACAAAAUAAUAGCAAAUGCACUUGAGAAAGCAGGGCUGCUGGAGGCUUACCAUCCACAGGACUACUUGAACUUCUUCUGCCUUGGCAAAAGGGAAGACAAGAAUCAAGACUGCGCCGGUUUCUUAAAUCCCCAAACCGAUUGGCAGGCAGCGUGUCAAAAGUACCGCAGAUUCAUGAUCUACGUCCAUGCCAAAGGGAUGAUUGUGGACGACGAGUACGUAGUCAUCGGAUCAGCAAACAUCAACCAGAGAUCUUUGGAUGGUUCAAGAGACACUGAGAUCGCAAUGGGAGCUUAUCAGCCAGCUCAUACUUGGGCUGCCAAACAGGGCCACCCACGUAGCCAGAUAUACGGAUACCGGAUGUCGCUGUGGGCGGAGCACAUGGAGGAGUUGGAGGAAGCACACAAGGAGCCACAGAGCAUGAGGUGCAUGAAAAACGUGAACAAGGUUGCUAAGGACAAUUGGAAGGCGUUUGUGGCCGAAGAGAGGCUCCCAAUGAAAGGACACUUGAUGCAGUACCCCAUUCAAGUAAGCAGAGACGGUAAAGUCUCUGCUUUGCCAGGCCACGAAUCUUUCCCAGACGUCGGCGGCAAGGUCCUUGGCUCGCCAACCACUCUUCCCGACACCCUCACUACCUAAGUAUACUACAUGAGUAUAGUUGUCAUCCUAAACCCUGCACUUAAGUACGUCUAAUCUCAUGCACAGAGGGAUUGUUGAAAUACCUUGUGAAAGGAAAAUUGGUUAAACAGAAAUGGAAUUGAAAAGAGGGAUCCAUUGGUUAGCAGUU